AAGCGGAGCCUGGAAGCGUCAGAAGCACAUCCGGUGUUCGAAGAGCUUUGUGGCUCAGGAGAGGCGGGUCAGAAGUGCUGAGGCUGUGUCCCACAGACUCUGGCAUCAUGAACGUAUUUGAUCGGAAGAUCAACUUUGAUGUGCUCUUAAAAUUUUCCCAUAUAACCCCCUCAACACAGCAGCACCUGAAGAAAGUCUAUGCCAGUUUUGCCCUGUGUAUGUUUGUGGCAGCUGCAGGGGCCUUUGUCCAUGUAGUCACUCAUUUCAUUCAGGCUGGCCUGCUCUCCGCCCUGGGCUCCCUGGGAUUGAUGAUUUGGCUGAACGCAACACCUCAUAGCCAUGAGACCGAGCAAAAAAGACUGGGACUUCUUGUUGGAUUUGCUUUCCUUACAGGAGUUGGCCUGGGCCCUGCUCUGGAGUUGUGUGUUGACAUCAACCCCAGCAUCCUUCCCACUGCCUUCAUAGGCACAGCCAUGAUCUUCACCUGCUUCACCCUGAGUGCACUCUAUGCCAGGCGCCGUAGUUACCUCUUUUUGGGAGGUGUCUUGAUGUCAGCCAUGAGCCUGAUGGUGUUGUCUUCCCUGGGGAAUCUGUUCUUUGGAUCCAUUUGGCUUUUCCAGGCAAACCUGUACUUGGGGCUGUUGCUCAUGUGUGGCUUUGUCCUUUUUGAUACUCAACUCAUUAUUGAAAAGGCUGAAAAUGGAGAUAAGGAUUAUAUCUGGCACUGCAUUGACCUCUUCUUAGAUUUCGUUAAUCUCUUCAGAAAACUGAUGAUGAUCCUGGCUUUGAAUGAGAAGGACCAGAAGAAAGAGAAGAAGUGAGGUGACCAUCCAGCCUUUUCCCAGUUUGGCUUCCUCUCCCUCCGCCCUCUCAUUUUCUCUCUGCACACAUUACAUGUGGCGUGAUCUCUGAUAAUGAAAAGUAUCAGAAAAGCUUUUGUACUUUGUGGUUUUCUCUAUUUUGAAUUUUUUGAUCAAAAAACUGAUUAGCAGAAUAUAGUUUGGAGUUUGGCUUCGUAUUCCUGGAGUUCUCCCCCACUUCCUUUUCUGUCAUCCUAUCCCUUGCUUCUUCCUCCGCUUAGGCAGCCAGUCCAUCGUGAUGAGGAGUGGAACCCGCAGAGGGACACAGCUCCAGGAGUCCGCUUUCCGGCCAGGCUGUACCAGGCGGAUCUGAACUGUUGGGUAGAGUCACCUCAGCCCUUCCUCCCUCAGCACUGUUUGGUUGGCGCACAGUUCCUGUGGGACUGGGCAGUGUGUUUUCCUUUGGAAAGAAGUUUGCUUGGCCCUGUUGUUAUUCAGGCUCAUUAUAUCUGAGCUUCUGUCAACCCCUGCAAAGAAAAUGAAGAGCCUGUUCUGGUGGAUGCUUUGCUGCUUCUAAGCUUCCUAAGUUGCUGCUAGCCUGGCAAGCUCACCUUUCUGCCUUGCCGUCACAAAAGGAAUGUGGAUUUGUAGGUGUUCUCUUUCCAGCUCUUUCCUAUCUCUUGUCUGACCCUCAGGGAGCCUGCCUGCCUUCCAUCCCUGGGGCAGGAGGAUUUCAGCCCAAAGGGAAGACUAAUUCUUGUCAUCACUUAAAAAAAGACUGAUGAUGCAUGGCAAGGUAGAGCCUAGAAUUCCUAAAUUUCCCCAGGUCUUUAUUUUAUUUUGUAUUGCUUAUCACCUUAGUUACUGAGUGGCCCCUGCCAGGUGGCUGUGAUUAAAGAUCCCAGGAGAGGAAGAACAGGGGAAAAGAAUGGUUGAGCCUCUGAGGGUAAUUGUAACUAAUCCUGCCAGACAAACCUUGAUAAGGACUUGUUGGGACAAAAUCUCCUCUACUGUGUGGUUCUUUGUUCACAUCAACAGAAUGGGGCUGUGAUGGCUUGCAUUUUUGUUAUCUUCCAUCUGGUAAUGUCCCUCCUGAUAAUAGGUAUUGUCAAGCCAGAAAUUUGGGGCAGGAGAGAGAUGUCUAUUUUACACGUGCGUUUUAGGUUUUGGCUCUAUACCUGUUUUCUGUAACUCUGCAGCCAUCCUGGCAGGGCCCAGGUGACCAAGAUACUUAAUUCCCUGCAGCUUUGUGGUUGCACAUGGAGGGAGGGCGGUACCAGUGGGGAUCACCAGCUCCUUUCCUGUGGGCUGCACAGUCAGCUGGCGCAGAUGGAUGGCCCUUGGGAGCAGUUGUGGCUCUGGCUACUCACGGGGCUUCAGUGUAAGAGAGACUGAGCUUUAUUGGAAAUACAGAAAGCUUAUUGCCAGUAGGACACCAUUUUUGGCUGUGGAUGUUCACACCCAUUACAUGGUUUGACCCAGUGACUACUUGUUUGCAGUACACCAUCCCAUGAAAAGAUUUGUUCGCGGGCUGUGUGUAUUUCUGGAGUGGCGUGCCUCCACAGAGGAUGCUGCCCUCUGAGCUGCUGUUUCCAGUCUCUGGCUUGUAAACUUAAUAGAAAGACUUCCUUCCCACUAACCCCCUCAUAACAACUCCAUAAAUUUGUUGAUUCUUUGCUAACCCUUAGAAUCCAAGUUAUAUCUCUUGAAGCCAAACUCCACCUCUUGUGCUUUUUUUGCUUGGGUUAAAGGAGUUUUUCUUUAGAAACAGUGCCAAGAAUGACGUAUAAAAAAAAACUACUUUUAAAGAAAAUGUCUAACAGGUUUUUAAAACAGUAAUCACUGUAAUUAUCACUUUCUUUUCUAGUUCCUUGCUUUUCAGCUCAGGCUGCAUUCUCUAACAUACUGUGAAGACAAAGGUGUUUUUGAUCAGAAAUAUAUGAAACCUACAUAGUCUUAAUUUGUAAAAAAAUAAAUAAAUAAAGUUCCUUAACCUUU